AUGAGAGAUGAGCACUCGAAGAAAAGCAAGCUUUCAUGGCCCAAGACGUUGGUCAAGAAGUGGUUCAACAUUAAGAGCAAAAAUGAGGACUUUCACGCGGACGAUAUCCUCUACGCAGGCGUUAAUGAAGAGUGGAGCAGCAACUGUUCACAGAGGGAGGAAUACAAUGUCAAGAAAAGCAAAACAGAGAGAGCAAAGAGAAGGCACUCAGAAAGAAUGCGGCGAGGCAAGGUUGACCUUGAUGCAGCUCAGGUUACAGAUGUGAAUAACUAUAGAAUCUUUGCUGCUACUUGGAAUGUAGCUGGAAAAUCUCCUCCAAGUUACUUGAGUCUGGAAGAUUGGCUUCACUCUUCUCCUCCUGCUGAUAUCUAUGUUCUUGGGUUUCAAGAAAUUGUACCUCUCAAUGCUGGUAAUGUUUUGGGCACAGAAGAUAAUGGCCCUGCCAGAAAGUGGCUAGCUCUUAUUCGGAAGACCCUAAACAGUCUUCCUGGAACAACUGGUGAAUGCCACACUACUUCACCACUUCCUGAUCCUAUUGUAGAGUUGGACGCUGAUUUUGAGGGAUCAAUGAGGCAGAAGGCAACCUCUUUCUUUCAUCGCCGAUCGUUCCAAUCCUUGAGUCAUAGUAUGAGAAUGGACAAUGACAUGUCACUACCACAAGCAUGCCUUGAUCGCCGUCACAGCGUCUGUGAGAAAAUGAUAUUUGGUCACAGAACAAGUGAUUACGACCCCAAUUAUAGAUGGGCUUCUUCGGAUGAUGAAAAUGGCCCUGGUGACUCCCCAGUUGUAACGCAAUAUUCACCAAUGACAUAUAGAGGUUUUUUCUCUACGGAGGAUAGAGAUAGACAGACAGGGCACUCAAGAUACUGUUUGGUUGCCAGUAAGCAAAUGGUUGGGAUAUUUCUAACAGUUUGGGUGAAAAGUGAUGUAAGAGAUGAUGUUCACAACAUGAAAGUGUCUUGUGUUGGCAGAGGAUUAAUGGGAUAUCUUGGAAACAAGGGUUCAAUAUCAAUUAGCAUGUCUUUGCACCAAACGAGCUUUUGCUUCAUCUGUAGUCAUUUGACUUCUGGAGAAAAGGAGGGUGACGAGGUAAGAAGAAAUUCAGAUGUAAUGGAGAUUCUCAGAAAGACAAGAUUUCCCCGGGUUCAUGGCCUGGGUGAUGAGAGUUCUCCUGAGACAAUUUUGGAACAUGAUCGAAUAAUUUGGCUGGGGGAUUUAAAUUAUCGGAUAGCCCUUUCUUACCGUGCAGCAAAAGCUCUUGUUGAGAUGCAUAAUUGGAAGGAUCUGUUGGAGAAUGACCAGCUACACAUAGAGCGGAGACAAGGUCGAGUUUUUGAAGGAUGGAACGAGGGGAAAAUAUAUUUUCCUCCCACAUACAAGUAUUCAAACAAUUCAGACAGAUAUGCAGGCGAUGAAAGACACUCAAAACAAAAGAGAAGAACUCCAGCAUGGUGUGAUCGUAUCUUGUGGUAUGGUAGAGGCCUCCGCCAAUUGUCUUAUGUUCGUGGGGAAUCAAGAUUCUCAGAUCACAGGCCAGUGUAUAGCAUGUUUCUGGCAGAAGUUGAGUCUGUUAGCCGUAACCGAAUAAAAAAAUGCUCUAGUUGCUCCAGUUCAAGGAUUGAAGUAGAAGAGUUGUUGCCUCAUUCACAUGGUUACAGCUAUACUGAUUUGAAUUUCUAUUAA